GACUAGGACACCGUACUGGGGAGCGGUCCGUGGCCUCGAACCAAACGCUGGCGAGCGUUCAGUCUUGCGUUGCGAUUCCAAUCCGAUGCUCGUCGGCUAGAGUACCGUGGUCGCGUGGAUGUCCUUCUUUACCGUUUCGUUGUCGCCAGUGCCAUUCUACUACCGUCGCCCCCGUUAUCAGGACCAUCGUUGCGCUGGUCCCGUAACGGUGCCACAGGCGACGCCAUCGCUCGCAUCGAACCAAGCUUUGAACAGGCUGUGCAGUGUCCAGUGCAAAAGGACGACGAAAUAAGGGAACACUCUAGGCCGCAGCGACCACACAGCCAAGAUACGAGCAGACGAGCGACCGAGCCAGAGACGCGAACCUCGGAAGCAAAAGCUUUCCCGUGCUGAGCAACCUGAGAGCGAGAGCGACGAGAAAAAGAGAGUAACAAAAGCGUACACAAAACAAGUGUGUGUGUGUGUGCGUUUGUGAGAGAGAGAGUGAGUGUGAGCGGGAGAUAGAGUUUGAUUGUGUUUGUGUGCAAUAAAUUCGCCUACGCUCCCUCGCCCUAACUGAAGAGCCUCUCCCAACAAGCUGACAGCGUGUCUGACAGGUUGUGGGUGAAUAGCGGUGCUAGUGUAUGUGUACGCGAGCCCAACCGUGUAUACAACAGUGUGAGCCUUGAUAGUUCGACUCCAAACGAUCGCCCUUCGGGAAAACGCGACCGGAGUCGGAAAAGUGGUGCGUGUGCCAGUGCUAGGCGGCGAGGGCGUGCAAAACAUCAGGCGCCGUCCUUCUCAACGUCGAAAGAUGAUGUUUUAUGGCUAGAGAAGUGAAAAGAGAGAGAGGGAGAGCGAGAGAAAGAGCGUGUGAGCAACAAAAAAAAGAAAUCAGUGCAUUUAUUUAUGUUAAAGAAAAAGCUCUACAUAUGUAUUUGUCGUGUGUUCUGGUGUGAGCGUGCUGUGUAGUGUGUGCAUUCAGAUCAAGCGGUUCCAACUCAGUGGGCACGCGUGCCUGUAUGUGUGUGUGUGUGUUAGUUUGUGCAUGUGUGUGUGUGUAAGUGUGUGUAAUUAAAGCAGCGAUUGAUAGUUCAAAAUCACUGGUCUGCAACACCGUUACAUCCAGAUGAUGAGUUAAGCCCGGCUCAGGAAGGGAGUCGUCUAGUUGUUUUUUCUUGUUCCACUGCUUCCGUCUGCUUUUGUGCCCUUUCUGCUGGGUGCUGCCUGGUGUGAGCACGUGCCCGUUUGCUGGACCGUGUGGGGGAGGCGGCAGAAGAGUAAGCGAACGUCCGGUUCCCGGUAGAGAAAGAGCCCGCACACUCGGCACACGCGGCUAGCUGGCGGCACCGGCUGCCAUCAACUCCAUCCCUUCCUCGAGCACCCGGGGCCAGCACCACCAAGAGCAACACGGCUUGUCCUUGAGGGGGAUGUUGUGGAUCGUAGGCAUACUACUUCCACUGGCAGCAGCAGCAGCAGCGGGUGUACUAGCGGAUGCCGAAGCAGCAGCAGCAGCACCCUCCUCACCAUCGUCCUUGAGCACCACCGAGUCAUCGCCGUCGUCGUCGCUGUUGUCCAACACCGCGCCAGCGGACACCGGUGCCUGGUGUACCGUGAUCCAGCAGCAGCCGCAGCCCCUGUACCUGCCCGUCCACCGACCACCGUCCGGUCAGCAAACCGCCCGCGCCACCCGUGCAUGCCGGUGCGACCACCAUGAGGAGCGAUAGUUCGGAACUGCUGCUCGAGCAACAGGCCGAAGAGCUACGGAAGAAGAAGCUGCUCGAGCUAGCGGCGGCGAAGAAGGCGAAAAAUGGGCCGCCGCCCAAGCGGUCGCUGCGCGAGAACGCCUCCUUCUACACGACGUCCGGGCUUGCCUUCCUGUCGGUGACGGCCGGCGCCUCCCUCCUCUUCCUGGUGCCGCUGUACGUCGAUCCGGCCAUCUCGACGCUGGUCGGCGACUUUGUCGAGCGGCCGACGAUGUGCGUGACGACGCGCCGCGAGGACAUGACCGGCCUGUUCAACUGCUCGUGGAGCUCGUGCCGGGAGGGCUGCACCUCGGACGUGUUCAAGUGCACGCACAUCUACGUGACGUUCAUAGACGAUCUGAACUUUACCUUCCCGUUCAACGCGACCCCGGCGGAGCUGUUCAACCUGACCGACAUCGAGCGGUCGGAGGAGGCGAUCCUGCUGGUCAACAUCAAGGGCUGCGGCUACCCGCCCGCGGUCAAGUGCAAAAACUUCACCGACCUGUACGGCUUCGAGGGGGCCGUCUUUCCCUGCUACUACUCGAAGCAGAACAAGACGGUCGUGAUGACGGCGUACAACCGCGAGGACCAGGUCAACACGAUCAUCCACUUCUUCGUGGUGCCGUUCAUCGUGACCGUCGUCUCGUCCGUGUUUCUCUGCAUCAUGCACUGUGAUUGUAGGUGUAAGAAGGAGCGCCGGCGGCACCGCCACCGGCAUCGUCGGCCUAGGAUAGAGAAUCUCAGUGAUUCAUCAAUAUCGACACGAGUGGACAUGCUGACACCGGCGAUCGAAGUGUACAAGCCGCCACUCUGACACAAGGACGACACCCUCGAGAGCAACCUCGGCAACCCGUCGACCAGUAGCGACCUAUGACGAGGCAUCCUUUCGUGUCCGCCACCAUCAUGCUGCGACGUUCCACACCGUUCCCUCCGAUCGCGCCAACGGCCCAUCCGCCUGCUGCUGGCCGUUCUCGCCCUACUCGCCGGAACUGUCGUCCCGCUCCCAUCAAUGCACACGCCGUGGUCGUGGCUGUUGCCGCUGGUAUUGCCGCUCGCUGGCAGCAACAGCAGCAGUGGCACUGCUUCCGGCCCCCAGUCGUACGCUUCCCGCUGCUCCUCAUUCGUAUACGAGCCCAUCGUCAUCGUCAACGUCGGUCACGAUCGCCAGCCGGCCGAAUGGUGCGGAACCACGCCAACACACGGCACUGGUGGGCAGGUUGGAUCAUAGCGUUGGCUGCAUGGCUGAAAGGUAGGUGUGGUCUGGCGGGAGUGAUCCAAUUCAACCGCAAAAGGGCAACUCGUGCGCUCGUUCGAUGGAUGGACAAGGAAUAAGAGAAACCGCCAUCGCUGGCCGAUGGUAAAGGGUAGUGAGCCGAGCUCAGCUGUACAUACCGUUUCGCAUUGAAAAACAAAAAAAAAAAAAACAAACGCACUCACAAAUAAACAUUCGGCAUCACCAUCAGUUCACAGGCGAGUCAACUGCGGUGCGUCUUGUGUUGUUUCAGUCAGUGUACGUACGAAUACCGGAGCACCAGUUUGCCAGUUUGCUCAUUCUGGCGACGUCAGAAAUGCUUCCCCAAUGUCGGGCCCCUUGCCAACCACGUGAUCGGCAGUGAAGCUGAAGGCACAGAGUAACGAUAAUAAAUAUGAGCCCGCCGCACAGCGUGGCAUGGAUAUUUCCUAACCCACCCUGCUGCACUACGGCCGGAUGGUUAGGAGUAGCGGGUUUCCUUUUACAUCCUUUUUGAUUUUGUUUUGUUGUUGAGCCUUUCGCUUGCUGAGCGAAAACGUGACCUUUUUUUUUGUUGUUUGCUCUCGUACCCCGUAUUUUCGACGGCCGAUUGACCGAUCACGAACGUCUGGUCGUGUAUCGGCGACUAGUGCAAAACCCUUCGCCUUACAUUAGGGAUCGUUUUCUUAGACAAGCACUUAGAAAAUAGAAUGAAAAAAAUAGAAGAACAAAACGUACACAUGAAAAGACCGGCUGCUGCUAGAAGCGAAGGAUGUAGUUUUGCUUCUUAGACCCACUUCAUCUACCCUCACAAUCCUGUUGAAGCCUUUCUUCUACUGCUGUUGUGUGUUUCUUUUCUCUUUUCUUCUUUGACCUGUUCGACCCAUCCUUACAGGCACGAGCUCACGUUCGUUACUCGGAUAAUUUGCAGUUCCAAAACCGCCGUUUUGCUGUGGGGCGUCCACGGACGUGCACCAUAUUGGAAGUAGCCACUUUAGAUAGGCCGAUAAGUAUUCGCAAAUGGUGCAAUUCGUGAAGACCAUAUGGCAAAUAUCAACCCAAACAGAUGGGUGAAGAAAAUGGGUGGGAAGGUGCGAGGAAGGUACUACACAGAACGGACACCCGUUUGGUCAGUUUUUGGGUAGGAGCACUGAGAAAAGGAAGCACACACUAACGGUCGAAUGCAUGUGUUUAGCGCGAAAAAGGCUUGCAAACCUGUACUUGAGAGGUUUUUUUUGGUUCUUUGUUGCUUUGCUAAAGCCAUGUUAUUUGUCCUUUUUGUUGCAGUUAGCCUGGCGUUCGCAUGCAGGAACGGGGUUGAAAAGGGUGUAAGCGUGGGAGCGAUUGUUUGGAGCUGUCGGGUCGUUCGGCAAACAACCACAACGCGAGUUAAGAGCAACCAUUUUCAGCUCGUUUCAUAAAAUCAAACGCAUCAAGCAAGGGCUUCGCACGACGUGCGAAAUUGACCAAGACACAAAGAAGUAUCGGGCGCAGCAUAGGUGGCCGUUAUAUAAUGGAUAAGCGAUCAACAUUUGUGCGUGAUAACAACACCAGUUUACACAAUAGAGACAAAAAGAGCGAGCGUACAUGGCGAGCGAGCGGUGACAAAUAGGAAUAUUACAGCAACGUAAAAGCAGCAGCAGCACACACACACAUACACGCGAUAAGGAUUAGCGAAACAAUCUCUUUAGGGUGUCAAAUUAUGCACGAAAAAUACAAAGCAAAAUGUAUGUAAAAUCUAAUGCGAAGUAGAAAUGUGAAUGCUAAACAGAACGAAAAAAUAGAAACGCUAAAAGAUAACACAAAUUACAUAACAACAAAAACGAUAAGCAAAUACUAGAAGGCGUAACGAACGUUGUGGCGUAUUUCCUUAACCAUUUUGGGGCGAGAGGCGAGUAAAACAAACCAAAAGAAAACAUCAAAAGAAACCCAGUCACGGAAGCGAGACGCCAUAGAGCGUCAUUACUAUUAAGAAAGGGCGCGUAGCGUUAAAAUAAGUAAGCAAACUAGCUAAGAAGUAGCUAUAUAGUAGCAAAAGCAACAAACCGAUAAUGUAAGUAGGUAUGGGUGUAAGUGUUUAUAACCAAUGAAUGCAUAGUGAAGAGGAAGCAGGCAAGUAAAAUGAUACAGUUACAGUCCAACUCAUACACGGCAGUUUAUUUUAUUGUUGCUUUCAUAAGAGUAAUGAAGGUGUGUUUAGAGUCUUGUUACAAUGGAAAAGGAAAGUAUAGGGCCAGAUAAAAACAAAAUCUGACGUUAGAUAAGAAAAUAUACUUUUUUUAUAAUUUGGUCUAGUCAUGUUUUUUUACGUUGCUUGAAUACUUUUUUGUUAAAACGUUACGUUGUGUUACGUUUUUCGGAAAGUGUGUUAUGCAUUACUGUUAUACUGAAUAUUCAUAAUUGUUAGUACAUUUAUUCCGAAGCAUUGAAAAUGUUGGAACGACAUUGCACUUAUAAGUGAUAAAUCUAAUUAUUGCUCAAA